AACACCAGAACGGAGGUGAGAGAUGGGAGGGUCUAGCUUGGAGAUUUCCCAAGGACUUGGGGAACUUACCUUGCAGUAACGCCUAAGCCUGUACAAAGUGGUUCCUGAGGAGUGAGGGCCCUUCGCUAGGGCAGCCGGCUCGGGCUUUCCCCUACUGGAGAGCGGCCUGAUACAGUCCAUCCUCCUGCCUCAGUGAAGCAGCGGCCAGGGCUCCACUUGGUGCUUGUAGGAAAACAUGGCAGUUUCCAUUUUCACAAAUUAGUCAAGCCUAGCACCAAAUACUGCCACAGGUUGGGGCUGUCACUGCAGUGGAUACCUGGUCAGGAGAUUCGUAAAUUAUCCCGGAAAGCGCCAGAAUGGAGGUGUCAAUGCCCCUGCCUCAGAUAUAUGUAGAAAAAACCCUAGCCAUUAUCAAGCCAGAUAUUGUUGACAAAGAAGAGGAGAUACGCGACAUUAUUCUCAGAUCUGGAUUCACCAUCAUUCAGAGACGAAAACUACAUCUGAGCCCUGAGCACUGUAGCAACUUUUAUGUGGAACAGUAUGGGAAAAUGUUUUUCCCAAACUUAACAGCUUAUAUGAGUUCUGGACCUCUUGUUGCUAUGAUAUUAGCUAGAUAUAACGCCAUCGCUUACUGGAAAGAACUUAUGGGACCAUCUAAUAGUUUACUAGCUAAGGAGACACACCCGGACAGUCUAAGGGCAAUUUACGGUACAGAUGAGCUACGGAACGCCCUUCAUGGGAGCAAGGACUUCGCUGCCUCAGAAAGAGAGAUUCGCUUCAUGUUUCCAGAAGUGAUUAUUGAACCCAUUCCAAUUGGACAAGCUGCUAAGGACUAUUUAAAUCUGUAUGUAACGCCAACCCUACUUCAAGGACUCACGGAGCUUUGUAAGCAGAAACCGGCAGACCCUUAUAUCUGGCUAGCCAAUUGGUUGUUGAAAAAUAAUCCCAACAAACCUAAACUUAGACAUUUUCCAGUACCAGAAGAAGAGCCUUAGCACACUCUGCAGGACAAGUGGCAACUGUCUUACUUAGAAAAGCUGUUCAUCUACUUUUUAAAAGACGCCUCCUUCCUUAUGGGUCGAGUAACUACAUGUGUAAUAAACUAUUUUUUCUUUACAUUAAAUAAACACAUAUGUGUCUUUGUGUGGGUAUAUGUCUGCAUGUGAGUACAGGAACCUGAGAAGGCCAGAGGCGUUGGAGCCUGUGGCGCUGGGGUCACAGGUCAUUGUAAGUCACCUGACAUGAGAAUUGGGAGCUCAACUAGGGUCUUCUGCAAGAGCAUAUGCAUUCUUUGACACUAAGUCAUCUCUCCAGCCCUAAAAUAUUCUUAAAAUACUUUCCUACCCUUUGUUCUUAGUGUGAAUAUUUGCCUGCAUGUAUAGUUGCAUGCCGUGUUAGUGCAGUACCGGUGAAGGCCAGAAGAGGCAUCAGAUCUCUUAAAACUCAUCACCACGCAGAUGCUAGGAAGGGAAUCUGGGUCCUCUGCAGAGCAGCAUGCGCUUUUUAGCAGCUGCAUCUUCUCUCCAGUCCCCCCCCAUAGAC